UAUAUAUAUAUGUAUAUGUAUACUUUUCCAUAUGUUUUGUAUUGAAUAAAAAAUAAUUUUCUUUUGUAUUGUAACAACGAGAGAGAUAGUUUUAAUGAAACAAUCAUCAAUAGAAAAUCACUUGUAAACUCUUUAUAUUUAAAGUUUGACCUCGUGUAUUUUUUAUCAGUAUAUUUUGAUAUGAUGUGCUAUAUUUUUGUAUUAUUUAUACGUGCUACUACAAAUAGUCACGUUACAUAAUAUCUAUUUUGAUAUGCGUGUUUUAGGCCUGUAUUAAUAGUCGUUACUUGAAGCUUGCCCCAAGUGAGAUAUUCAGAUUUAGUUAGAUGUGAGUUUUUCAGGGGAAUCGCGAUAUAAUGUCAUGAAAUAUAAUGUCAUAUAUAUCAUGUGAUUCUGAAAAAUUCAGACCUGUUUAUCUCACAUGAGACAAGUUUCAAAUAGUUAUUAAUACAAGCUUUAAUACUAGAUUACUAUAAUUCUAGACAAAAUCAUAAAACUCAUAACUUGUUUUCGUAAGACUCGUAAGAACUUAUGAGUAGAUCUGUAAUUCUAUGCGGACUGUAUGUCAUAUGAUAACUCGUUCGUAUCUACGAUUUUUCUUUUUUAUUUGUAAGCUACGAUUUUAUGAUUUACUCGUAUAUUUGCUUAAAAUUGCAGCAUUAUAUACAUCACAAAACAUUAACAGUUAUUGCACUUGAAACUUAUGUGAGAUUUUUUGCUCAGUUUUUUACUCGACAUUAAAUAGAAAUUUUUCUAUUGAAUUAUAUGUGAUAUUUAUAUCUGUGAUUGUACGAUUCAACUGAAAUAUUCUCAUCUAACUGUAAAUUUAAAUCUGAGUGUCUCACUUGAAGCAAGUAUCAAAUAAUACCUAUUGAUACGGGCCAAAGUGACUUCAAGUAACAUCGCGGUUACGUUCGAUUGCGCGUGUUUGAUCUAAUCGCGUUUGUAUUCAAAUCGCAUCGUUACCGAUCGAUAAUGACACAGCUCAGGCUAUGUUUAUGUUUGCGUUUCUGUCGACGUUUUUGGUUCUGUCGCGUAUUCGUACUGUCGGUGAUGGACCCGAUCGAGAUUCUUCCGGAAUGCACGACUCGAAUAUAAUUAUCCGAAAUAUUCUUAGGCAUCCUUUAAACGUAGAAUCCGCGUUUUACGUAAAUUCUCUGCAAUUGUCGCGACGUCUCCUCGAAUACCCACGUUGGAUCAAGCAGGCGUAUCGCAGUACUGACUACAACGUUGUUCAGAAACGCCAUCGGGCACGGAACAAACCAGACGACGGCAGAUCCUACCGUUCUGCUUUAAAGGACGAUGAGGAUGAAGACGAAGACGAGGACGAAGAGAACGAGAAUGAGGACGACGAGGAAGACAAGAUCAGCGACGAGACCAUCGGUGAAGCUGCUGACGAGACCGAACAAGCUAACGCGGACGAAGAGGACGAAGAAACGGUCGAAGACGCCGGCAGGACUUGCAUAACCAGAUCCGGUUACGUGCCACUCAUGGGUAAGGUCGACGAUCGCGACAGACAGGAAGUUGUGAGGAUCAGAUCGGCCAGCGAGGAGUGCGAGGACUCGUCCACAGAGGCUCUGCAAUAUUACGAAUACGAGACCGAGGUGAGGGACGCUGUAUCUCAAGGUGGUGGCGAAUUUCGGAAAGCAACUGCUGCUAAAAUGGUUGGCGGGAGUCUUCUGAUUUUUCUGCUCACCUGAGAACCAUAAGAGGGAAAGAGGUUUCAUGAACAAGUGAUGUAACGCGACAAGCAACAAAGUCAUCGCGGCAACGCGACGGGAUAGAAAUAAACUUACUCUACGCGGAACACUA